UGCCUGAAAUGUGAUCGCGGCUUCAAGACCCACGGUCGCAUGGCACGAAUCAUCCACCUCGAGUCAGGCUGCUGCAGCGAUAUCGACCGUGACCUGCUCAAUAUCCUGGCUGCUGAGUGCCAUAGGUGGACUGAGUUUCUCUUCGACGACUACCAACAGUAUCUGAUCGACGGCGAUCUUGCAUACUAUCACGACAAGAUCAUCCCGUACUUUUGCUCAACUUGUGGCGCAGAGAUACCGAGGCUUUCGAGUCGGCUCCAGCAUGUGGAGUCGCAGUCGUGUAGCCAGACCCUCCACGACGGUGUUGUUGGGACGCUUCGCUGA